AUGGCGGAACUUGAUUGGAACACUGAGGCCUUCAUUGCCCAGUUCACGCGCGGCCUUCACUGGAAGGUAAAGGAACUCCUGUCCACCAAGGACAAUAUCCCAGACGAUGAUCUCGAGGCCAUAUUCGCCGCCUCAAUCAAAAUUGAUAAUAUCCGUCGGGAAAAUGAGGAGAACCGACCUAAGAAAACCCCCGCCAAGUCCCCGGCUACCGUAGCCACCACUUCCACCACCACCACUCAACGGGUCCGACUAACAGAGGACCCUAAUUACGUAACACCGGAAGAAAGGGAUCGCCGCCGCGCGUCUGGCCUUUGUGUCAAGUGCGGUCAAAAGGGGCAUGGUAUCAAACAGUGCCCCAAUGGCUGGAAGGCCACAGUCAAAGAGGUGGCUAAGCCCCCGACUCAGAAAAAGGACAUUGUAGAUACUUGCGUAGAAUUUGUUUCUGUUGGACUCGACUCUAAUAAAAAACCGCUAUUAUUCAUCAAUCUACACGUCCAAAAUUCCCAGGCAGAACCCAUUAAAACCCUCAUAGACUCCGGCGCUACCUCCAACUUCAUAUCCCCGAGCUUAGUAGAAAAACUCAAAAUCCCAAAAACCCAACUCAAAAAUCCACAAGUUGUGAGAAUGUUAGAUGGUACAAUCUCCCAGACUGGUCGCAUAUGGCACCAGGUUCAUCUCACGGUUUUGGCCAAUGGCCACACCCACUCCAUCCCAUUUCUUGUUUGCCCCAUUGGCAACACCCCGGCAAUCCUAGGCAUGACUUGGUUAACGGCAGAAGCUCCUCUCAUCGAUUGGCAACAGGGACUAGUCACAUUCCCUGAACAGAUUCAGAUUGCCUCAGAGGAGGAAGCAGACCCAACCCCUUUAGCGGAUCUCCCCCCACAGUACCACAAGUUUGCUAAAGUCUUUGGUGAAGAAGAGUUCAAGGUCCUCCCGCCACAUAGGGAGUAUGACAUAUCUAUUGACCUUGUCUCGGACGCCAAACUAUCUCCAGGACCAAUAUACGGCAUGACUGACGCAGAAUCCAAGGCACUAAAGCAACACAUAGACGAAGAAUUGGCAACAGGAAAGAUCCGUCCUAGUACCUCUUCUGCCGGCGCCCCCGUCAUGUUUGUCAAGAAGGCAGACGGAUCUCUUAGAUUGCGUUCACACUCUGCACAAAAACCGCUCAUAAGUCCUGUAUCAGGCACCUACUUCCCCCACGCCGUCUUAAACAUUCCAUCCACACGCUCUGGCGUCCCCCAUCCAUACUCCCGCCCCUCUAGCCGCUCUUCCCGUCGUUCCGUUCCAACCCAGUCCCAACUGCCCUCUCGCAGCGCAUCUCCCACUUCGCGAGACUUGCCAGGGAUGGAACCGGAGCCGUCCAUUGCCGCUCUCCUCAAGGCUGUCACAGCCCUCACAGCCACAGUUGGGUCCCUCCAGGACCAAAUCAGAUCGCAAGGCCAACAGCUCACUGAGCUCAAGGCCAUAUGCAAGGAAACCGCGGACCUCCUCGGAGACAAGGACCAAGGAGGAACCACCCAAGCCCAAACACAGCCUGGCCCAUUGACUGGGCCUAUCACCCCUCCUUCCCACACAGGAGGACAAACCAACACUCCAAGAACGGCUAGGCCUGGCCUCCGGGAUCCUUUCCGACCCACCAGGGGUACGACUGGGUACGACUCCGAGGAAGAGCAACCAAGGAGGAUUAAAGAAGAGCCUUGCGGAGCGCUUAGGGAUCUGAGGACCCUUACCCCUUUCAGCUCGGGUUCGGACACCAAACGUCCAAAAAUGGAACUACCAGACCCAUUCAAAGGGGACAUUCGAGGGCGGAAAGCUGUGCAAUGGCUGGAUCGCAUGCUGUUAUGGGGGGCCCUCCAUAGGGAUCAAUUUGAAGAAGAUGAGCAGCUGAUCGUCUGGAUCCUCUACCACAUGGAGGACAAAGCUGCCGAUUGGGCCCUCCCUCUCAUUGGGAACAUCCUCAAGGGCGAAACCACAGCCCCCACCACUAUCCCGGCUAUGACAGCCAAAUUCAAGGAAGCUUUUGCCGAUCCUGACGCCAAGCGUGCCGCCGCCAGAAAAAUUGCGGUUCUCUCCCAAUCAACAACCACCUCCGAGUACGUCACGGAGUUCCGCAACCUCAUGGCGGAAUUAGACUGGAACGAGGAAGCCUACAUUGCGCAGUUUACGCAAGGGCUCCACUGGAAGGUCAAGGAACUGUUGUCUACCAAAGACAAUAUUCCAGACAAACUCGAAGCCAUCUUUGCGGCUUCUAUAAAAAUUGAUAACACUCGCCGCAAAAAUGAAGAGAACCGCCCAAAGAAGGCACCCGCUAAGUCCCCGGUCACCGCGACCACUUCCACCUCUACCACCACCACUAGGGUCCGCCUAUCCGAGGACCCAAACUAUGUCACCCCGGAAGAGCAGGAUCGCCGCCGCGCGUCUGGACUCUGUGUCAAGUGCGGCCAAAAGGGACACGGGAUCAAACAAUGCCCCAAUGGCUGGAAGGCAACCCCCAAGGAAACAGCCAAGGUGGCUCAGGACGAGUCGGAAAAAGAGUGA